GUUGCAUCAGCAAAAUAGCAAUAGAAUAGCAAACGCGACGCGAUCCGUUGAACAUUUUCCUUUCCUUCUUUUUCUUUCCCUCGAUUCCCCAUUUAAGCGUUGUGGCGGAAGAGAAGAUAGUCGGCAUUUUAUUUUUAACAAAAUUACUUAAAUAUGACUACUGUAGACCACAACAGCUCCUCGGCAUUGUCAAAACAAGAUUUAGCAACACUAGAUGUUACUAAGCUAACUGCGCUAUCACCAGAAGUAAUCAGCAGACAAGCCACAAUUAACAUCGGCACUAUUGGUCAUGUGGCUCAUGGAAAGUCAACUGUCGUCAAAGCAGUCUCUGGGGUUCAAACUGUCCGUUUUAAAAACGAGCUUGAAAGGAACAUUACAAUUAAACUUGACUCGAGAGAAACGGAGAUGGGAAAAAACUCCGAGGCAGCUGAGAAAAAUGGGGGAAAAUCACGAAAGAGAAAACUCAAAACCGACGGGGCUGACGCACCAAAGAAAAAGAAGCCUCGGAAGCAAGAAGAAAGCGAAGCUGAACAGGUUUAUGAUGUUGAAUAUAUAAUGGAUCAUAAAAUAGAGAGAAAAAAACAUUUUUACUUAGUUAAAUGGGAGAAUUGGGAUAGCAAGUACAACACAUGGGAACCCUCAGAUCAUUUGGAAGGUUGUAGUGAUGCUUUGUUCUCAUUCUUGGACAAUUUCAUCUGUCAACAUGACUUCAAUGAGCAAGAGUAUGUAAGAUUAAAAAGUAAAAUUUCAAAUAUCAGCCAUGAAGAUUUACAAAGAGUUCUACCUGAAUAUGUUACCCCUAAAGGCAUUAUAAUUCCUCCCCCUGAACUGGAAAAAACUAAUGAAAGAUUGAAAAUUGUCUCCAGGUGGCCAGAAAAUGUCAGGGAUCCCAAUGUCGAGGAAAUGGUAAGGAAAGAAAUGAUAGAAGCGAAUUUGUACGAAGUACGACAAAACCAGUUAGACCGGUUAAAACAGUGGGAAGAAGAAAUGAACUGCAUAAUUGCUUUAUCCAAGUGUACACGUAUUUCUGUUGUAAACAAUGUUGACUUAGAAGGACCUCCUUCUAAUUUUAUUUACAUAAAUCAUUAUUUGCCUGGUGAAAAAGUAAACAUCCCUGAAGAACCUCCUGUCGGUUGUGUUUGUGAACCUUGUACAACUUUUAAAAAAAAGUGUUGCCCUACGAUCACCGGUAGUACGUUUGCUUACGAUAGGGACGGAAGACUUAAAGUGCCGCAAGGAACACCCAUCUACGAAUGCAAUAAGAGAUGUCGAUGUGGCCCGGAGUGUUUUAACAGAGUAGUACAGAAGGGGCGAUCCGUCAAACUUUCAAUCUUCCGUACCAGCUCAGGCUGCGGCUGGGGCGUGAAAGCUCUGGAGACGAUACCAAAAGGUGCUUUUGUAUCUGAAUAUGUCGGCGAGGUUAUCACCUUUGAAGAAGCCGAGAAGAGAGGUAAAGAAUAUGACAAGGAUGGACAGACAUAUUUGUUUGACUUGGAUUUUAAUGACACCAAUUCGUAUUCGUAUACGGUGGAUGCAGCUAAGUAUGGAAACAUAAGUCACUUUGUCAACCAUUCCUGCGACCCUAACAUGACAGUGUAUGCGGUAUUCAUAGAUUGCCUCGACCCCAACCUCCCCAAGCUGGCCUUGUUUGCCAACAGAGAGAUCAAACAAGGGGAAGAGAUCUCAUUUGAUUACUUGAAUCAGUCUAGGGAGAGCCACCACGCCAAGAAAAAUAGUCCCAGCAGUAGCUCAACGCACAAGGAACAAACCAAUGGUGUGGUAAUGAAAAAUGGUGAUGUUAAAACACUCUACAAUAUGGUUUGCAAAUGUGGAAGCAAAAAAUGUAGAAAAUUCUAUUUGUGAAAUAGUUGUAAUAAAACUUGAGACUGAUAAAAAUAGUGAUUUUUGUGAAAUUUGGACUUACCUUUCUAAGGACGGUUUUAAUGUAUUUUUAUGUAUUGAUUCUUAUAUUUAUAUUUUUUUGUGAUAUAAAUUAUGUUUUUCAAACCAUCCAAAUGUACUUUUGAAGGAUGAGCAAAGAAAUAUGAAAUUCUAGUUUAGAUAUAUAAAUAAUAUUUAUAUUUCAUUAUAUUCAAAUUUUAAUGUCAAUUUUUUAAAUUAUCAGUAUAACACUAAGUAUUGUAUUAGGGAAAACUACAAAACAUAAAAAAUACUAUGUUUAUUGUUUUAUUUAUUGUCUGACAUAGGCCUACUAUGUUUAUACGUAAAUUUAAAAUUAAUUGUGACAAAGAAAUAAGCUAUUGGUGGUAAUUUAUUUAUCAAUGUUUACUAUUUCUUAAGUAGGCUAUUCAAUGUAUCUGAUAAUAAUAGCUUUUUAAUUUAAUUUUACACUGCCAUUAGUUUUUAAUAUGUUUGAGAAACUAAACUCAGAAACUCUUUGUACUGUCCAACUUAAUUUGUUUCUUGAUUUAAAAAUCUAAUUGCAUAAAAUAAUAAGAAAAAAAACUAUGAAAGGUAGUAUGGCUUCUAAUGUAUAGGAAUGGGCAAACGGGAGGGACGAUGGCUAAAGGUGUGGUGACAUCAUAUCUAUAGUGGCUAAUGUCUUCUCUUGAGGCAACACGAUUACCGUAACGAGAUUAUGUGUUUCCAGCGGCGUUCGUGGCUUAGUUGAUAGCGCAUCGGACUAGUGUUCAGGAGGUCUCGAGCUCGAAACCCGUCGGAGACACUAACUUUUUGUCAAAGAUUUUGCUUUAUUUGAUUUUUAUCUUAUAUCUUUUUUAUAUUAUCAGCAAGUUUGGUUGGUUAGGUUAGGUUAUAGCAAUUUAAUUUUAAAAUGCUAAAUUUUAAAAUUGAUUUUAUAAUUAAAAAUUGUAAGUAAACAUUCAUUUCAUUUUUAUCUUAUAUAUUUUUUAUAAUAUCAGCAAGUUUGGUUGGUUAGGUUAGGUUAUGACAGUUUAAUUUUAUAGGCUAGUUAAAAAGUAUAACUAAAAAUUAUAAAAUUAACUUAAUUUACAUUUUUCAACUUAGCGGUUCUAGCGGCGAACGCUGACACUAUGUUAGCCAUCGUCCCUCCCGUGUGCCCCACCGCAAAUGUAUAUAUGUAAAUUGUAAAUACAUAUCAGUUAGGUUAUUUUCUUUAAUCUUUUUAUGGCCUUUAACAAAUGCAGUCAAUCCCGAUUACUCAUAUUUUAAUGUAUAGUUUUUUUUUAUUUAUGAGUGAACCAGUGGUUUUGUAAUAUUGUUGGGAGUUAAAAAAACUGUGGUUUAUUUUCUUACUGUUGUUAACAAAAGCAACAUUAUAUUUAUUGAUGAUUGUUUUAUCACCAAAAUACGACCAGCAGCAAGUCAUACGAGUUGUUGAUCAGUGAAGCAGGGUUUUGAAUCGGCCACUUAGUGGGUAUUUUGAGCUUUGGUGGGUAUAUUAUUUAGUGAGUAAAAGUGGGAAUUUCCCUUUGAAUGCCAUAUUUUGUGUUUAUUUUUAUUUAUUGUUAUUGGGCGCAUUGUGUGCCUAGAAAGUCCUUAUUAAAUGUAAUUAACCCUUAAAACUAUUUAAAUAGGGCGAUUAACUACCAAUACACCAUUAACUGUUACCAUUAUCCAUAGAAUUCGCUUACUAUUAUGGUUGAUGAGACUAAAUAAUUAAUUAGUUUUUAAGCUCUACAAAAUAGUUCCAAAAUAAAUUGCAAGGUUUUUAUGUUUUGAA